CCGCAGCCGCAGCACUCUCGCUCGUACUCGUACUCGUACCCGCACAGCCGCCGGAGACACGCGAAACCCUAGAUGGUGCCGGAGGACGGCGCGCGAGCGGCGGCGGUAGCAGCGGCAGCGGAGGAGGAGCGAAUGCGGCCCAUGGAUACGGAAGCGAUGGAGACACCCGCCGCCGGCGAGGAGAAGCCCGCGCUUGUGGAGGCGGACGCGUUCCGGCGCCAGGUUGAAGACAUCGCCUCCAAGGCCGACGUGCUGGAGAAGAAGGUGAACGAGGUGGUAAGGUUCUACGACGGCAAGAAGCAUGGCAGCGGGGGGCGGAAGGCUGGCGGUAGCGGCAGGUAUGCCGCCAACGGUGGCAGCCACUGCAAAGGGAUGUCCGAACUUAUGCGCCAGUUCGGUGGCAUCAUACGCACGGUCACGAAUCAUGACUGGGCAGAGCCAUUUCUGAAACCGGUAGACGUUGUAGGUCUUCAACUUGAUGACUAUUACAAGAUUAUUACCAAACCCAUGGACUUCUCGACCAUCCGAAACAAAAUGGAAGGGAAGGACGGCACCAAGUAUAACAAUGUCCGAGAAAUCUAUUCUGAUGUUAGAUUAAUUUUUGCCAAUGCAAUGAAGUACAAUGAUGAACAUCACGAUGUUCACAUAAUGGCCAAGUUAUUGCUUGAGAGAUUUGAAGAAAAAUGGCUCCACCUUCUCCCUAAAGUUGAGAAUGAGGAGAGAAAAAUUAAGGAGGAACCAAAUGAUGUUCCAAGCACAAACACUUCUCCAGAAGCAGCUAUUGCAAAAUUAGCAAAAGAUACCGAUGAUGAGCUAAAUGAGAUCAAUAAGCAGCUAGAGGAUCUCCGGAAAAUGGUUGUUCAAAGAUGCAGGAAAAUGACCACAGACGAGAAGAGAAAACUCGGUGCAGGUCUCUGCCACUUAACUCCAGAUGAUCUUAGCAAGGCACUAGAGAUGGUUGCACAAGACAAUCCUAGCUUCCAAAUUUCAGGCGAAGAAGUGGACCUUGACAUGGAUGCUCAGACUGAGACAACUCUCUGGAGAUUGAAGUUCUUUGUGAGGGAAGCAUUGGAACGACAAGCUAAGGCUGCCCCUGACAAAACUGACGAAAAUGCAAAAAGAAAGCGCGAGAUCUGCAAUGCUCUGGCCAAGACUAAUUCAAAACGAAUCAAGAAGCAACCUCAGUGAUCCUUUAACUAUGGCCUUUCUGUUGGUUCAGGAUGUUUCUGUCAAAAUAGCUGUCGUGGAACAGUUUUCUCUUGUGAAGAAGCCAUAUGUAUAUAUAAAUAAACAUGCAUUUGCAUUAGUCUAUAAUUGGUCUCAUGUUCUUACAAAGAAAAAAAUUUGACCUUAAAAA